GUGUCCCGACCUAAGGAUGGAUUUUUUGUUCCGCUCCUCGCUCUAACAAUUGAAAACUUAGGACUAUGGCAUACGAUGACUUUGGGUACGACAGGAGAAGAGGUUAUAUGUUGAUCGCUAGAUCUUAUUAUUAUUGCCCCCACUUGAGGCGUACGGCCAUCAAUAAUAUUGAAAAUAAUACCGGUGAAGAGCGUUACGUGCAUCUAGGAAUAGAGAAAGGAGGACGAACCGUACAAGAAACUAAGGCUAAUUGGCUAGCGCUCUUAAAACGAAUGAUCCUGAUUCAAAGUUAAAGGAAUCCUUUGUUGAACUCGAUCUCGCAAGUAACGCAGCUACAAAUGUUCCAGGAACUGAACGAUAGACCAUUACCGCUAUGCACCGUCUGUGCCAGAGCUUUGACAAAGGACAAAUAACGAAAACAAGGAAAACAAGUAGUUACGUGUAGAAGUGAUGGUACUCAAGUUCUAGGAUUCUUGGAUACGAAUACCUACUGAAGAAGUUUUAAAGCUCAAUUUAAGAUCACAUGGCUUACGCUUGCUGUGCGAAGAAAUCUCGCUUCUAUACCUGUGAAAGUGAUAAGCCCUUUGUCAGUACGUGCUAUUUUCAAAAACUCCUCAAAUAUAAAGAGACACGUUCACAACUGUAUUUACCAUCUGCUCAAAGUAGUAAGAUGCAUUCGCCAGCGGGAUCUAAGGAAGAACAAUUAAUCGUAUAUGAUGAAGAUAUUUUCAACGACAAUAUUCCAAUAGUAGAUACGUCCACGGAAACUCAAUCAGUAUUGUUUGAAUCAGAAGAACAAGAUUUAGAAGAGCUUGCAAUUUCUUUUGUAGAUGUGCCGUUAGAAUCAGCUCUAUAUACAUCAAAAAUUGAAAACGGAACUUCAAGACAAUUACGAACAUCAGUGUUCCUGAAACAUACAUCAGAACCGUAUGAAAUGUUUCAACGCCUGCCAUAUGAUGAAAUAAAACUAGAAGUACCAUACAAAAUGCCUAAAAAUAUAGAUGCGGUUAAAAAUCCAGUAAGUAAAUUUAAUGAAUCUUUUUCACAAUAUACAACAGUAAAUGACGCGAUAAAGCCGGAGAUUUCUUUUGUUUUGAGGACACCUUGUAUCUAUCACGUAGAUACAGAAACUACAUCUAACGAUUCUUCAAGCUCCACUAAGAGACCCAACUCGUUAAAACCGGUUACACAGAAAUAUGAAAAAUCUGUCAAAAUACGAACUUAUCGUAAUCCAGAUGGGUCAGUAACAGAAGAGAAAAAGAUCACUGAACACAGCUCAACUUUAAAUAAUAGCAAUAUUGGUAAAAGUGCUUUGUAUGCGUCAGAUGAAGAUGAUACAAAAUUCGACGACAAAUAUUUUAAUUCGUUGUUCAAAGACGUGACUAACGAAUUUAUUGAAGAUAAUCUUAAUUUCCUUACCAAUAAGGAAAAACAGAUGAAUAGAGCGUCUAGUUCAAAGAAAAGUAAGUCAGAAAAAAUCCACACCAGUGAACCAAUGGCUGAACUAAAAUUAAAAACGUCCAUUUCUAGUAAAGUAGUGAGCUCAAAUGCAGAGAAUGCAAGCAAUGAAGUUAGUUCGAGUGUCUCGAAUGUCCAUCCUGAUAUCAAGCGAAAUCGUCCAGUCAAGGGACAUUUUAAAGAAAGCGAGAAAGAAGUCCAGUCGAAGAUUUCGGACGAAGUUUCGAAUAAAUUUUCAGAUAUGUCAUUAUUUUCAAGAAUAUUUAAGUCAAAAAGAACGAACGCUACUGCACCGAUGGUUAAUCCUCAAUUGAAAACAUCAAUAUCUGAUAAAAUUGUAAGCGUAAAGGCAAAGAAUGCAAAUUAUGAAAAUGUCUCUAAUGAUAUUAACUUUAAUCGCACUGUCAAAGAACGUCCUAAAGAAGUUCAAAAAGAAACCCGGAUAGAAAUCAUAGACCAAGUUUCCAAAGCAUCUUCUAUUGUUACAAUACACAGUAAGAAUGUCGAUAUGAAAAACAAUAUUGUAACAGAAUCUGCAUCAAUCAAUGGAAUAACGUUUAAGAAUAAAGCAACCAACACAGAUAUUAAAUGCGGACAAUUACAUAUGAAAGAAAUAGCACAAAACUUCGAACUGAAAAUAAAGAUUAGAGAAGAAUUUGACAAAGUUAUAUCAAACACGGGUAAAAAACCUAGUCAAAAAGAUUUUGGUAAAUUUUGUAAGAAAAUUUACGAUAAAUAUGGAAUAUACUUAAAGGAAACGCAGGUCGAUACACAUGACAGUAAAAAUCCGCUUAAACUGAAAGUCAACAAUAUUGAAGAAAUUGAAUCCAACGCAUUAAAAGAGUUAGAAAGAGAAGGACAAAUAUUACAAGAAAUACUGAAUAGAAUUAGAUCAAACACUAAAGUCAGUGUGAACCAAGAAAAACACAGCAGAGAAGAUAGCAUUACUAAAAUAGAACAUAAGUCAAAAGAUGACAACUUGUCAGUUAAAGAAUAUAUAGAACAAUGUGGUACACUAUGUGAUGCUACUGGAAUAGUUGGUCAGCAGAUUUCUACAAAAAUAGCACCUGAACCAACUUCACAGAAAGAAUUGCGAGCAUUUCAUCCUGAUAAAACUUCAACAGAUAGUGAUGUUACUUCUAAGUCGGAGAGAAUCACCAAAGAACAUGCGGUGAUAUCAGGCGACAGCAAAGUAGAAAUGACGUUAAAUGAUGUAUUUACAGCGGACAAAGAAAAACUAACCGAAAAACGAAAGGCGGUACAAAGUGAAAAGGACAAAAAUUCAGUUAUUUUACCUGAAUCUGAAUUUUCUACGCAAAGCCAUUUAAAAAGUAAAAUUAAAAGAAUCAAAGAAAAAGGCCGGCCGGAUAAAUUAGAACUACAUAGUGUUUACAAGGAAGUAUCAACCACAACUCAAGUAUCCGAAAUAUCUAAACUUCCAUCCAAGGAACGUAAUUCAAUACAAAGAGAGGAUAAUGUUUUUGUGAACAAGCAAGAGGAAAGUGAAGUCGAUUCUACGAUUGACCUGAAACAAAUUAAAGCCGAAUCGGAAGAAUUCAAACGAAAAAUAUUUAUUUGUAAAAAAUGUUUAAUGGCAUUGAGUGGUUUUAUUCCGUCAAAUAUAGUAGAGGAAACUGAAAUAUCUGCAGAUUGUCAGCUUUGUGGUCGAAAAGAGAAACAAACGGGAGCUUUAAUAUUACCAAACUGCAAUAGUUCCGUUACAGCAGAAGUAUCACCGUCUUUUACCUAUAGUUUUGAUGGAAAAAGUCAAGUCAACGAUACUCCAGGUUUGUCUCAUAAUAAAUGUUACGAUAAAAAAACUUGGAGUGAGAAAUAUCCAUGUCGUAGACCACACGAAGAUCAGAAAUUAAUCCAAACUUGGAGUGAGAAAUAUCCAUGUCGUACACCAAACGAAGAUCAGAAAUUAGUCUCUUAUAAUAAAGUCGAUGAGAGUAAAGUCAAUGACGAUGUAAGAAAGUUUGUGAUCAACGAUGAUGACGGAAAGUUUGUCACAACUUCCAACCCAUGUAAAUCAGAUAAACCUGCGGUAUCAACUGUAACCACUGAACUAGACGCCAAGGCAGAAUUGCAUAACGGUACGAAGGAGCAAAUACAGAUCAAGGUAGAAGGAUUUAACGGUACGAAGGAGCAAAUACAGACCAAGCCAGAAGGAUUUAACGGUACAAGGGAGCAAGUACAGAUCAAGGCAGAAGGAUUUAACGGUACGAAGGAGCAAGUACAGAUCAAGACAGAAGGAUUUAACGGAACGAAGAAGCAAAUACAGAUCAAGGCAGAAACAUUUAACGGUAAGAAUGGGCAAAAACAGACCAAGGCAGAAGGAUUUAACGGUACAAAGGAGCAAAUACAGAUAAAGGCAGAAGGAUUUACGGUAACAAGGAGUUAA